ACUCUUCAAAUGUUAGGGUGAGCACUCCUUGAUAUAAAGUGCACACCCGUCUAAGGACUGGGUAUAUGCAGAAUUUUAGAGCGUAACGCGAUAGGAAUAAACAUCCGUCACCGUUUUAGUUGUGUUUAUUCCUAUCCUGACACCGAGCGACCCCGACGAUAGAGAGAAACGCGACGGGAGGAAUCAACGACGCCCCGAAUUGUGAAAAUCGUGCGCAGUUUUGCCUGUUCUGUGUGUUUAUUCCUAUCCCGAGAAAAGUUUCCUAGAUCGUGUUUUCGUCUAUCGUUCUGCAGUCGGUUUAGAGCGAAACUUGUGAAAUGGUUCGAAAUCGCAAAAGAUGCGAAGGUCGUUGGCACAAUUUACGUCGUAGACGGUCGGUUGAGGGUGUUCUGUCGUGCGAGUUGCGCCCAUGGCGUAGUCUGUGUGUUGAGGGUAUUUGUGGCCUUUUAGUCUGCUGAGAGGAUAACUUUUUGAGAGAGUUAAGAGGAUAGCCCGCUGAGGGUAUUGCCGUAGUGUUUCAGCAGUGUUCGGAGGUCGGCACGAUUUGCGUCGUAGGUACUCUGCUCGAAAUGAAAUCUGUCGAGAGUAUUGGGCGGUGAGUCUGUUGAGGGUAUUGCGCUGACUCUGCUCGGAAUGAAAUCCGUCGAGAGUAUUGGGCGGCGACUCUGUUGAGGGUAUUGCGCAGCAUGUGAAAGAAGUGCACACGACGCCGAUACGAGAGAAGUCCACACGACCCAGCGCCAAUCUGUUGGGGCUGUUUUAUUGCGAUCUGUUAGAGGUUCGCCGCGCUUGUCAAAGAGAAGAGACCGGGAGCUGUCUAGUCGAGUGCGGAGCCAUGCUGCAGCUGCUGCAUUGAGGGACGAACCUGCGCGGCUCUAUUCUGUUUGAGAUUUUUGCUGGUUAUCGGUUGAGGCUUUGAGCCAGCCUCGCAAAUUUUGAGAGUUUCGAAUUAGGUAGGCGCCCAGAGGGGUCCACCGUGCGCCCAUCUGUUUGAGCUACUUAGUGGACAUCUGUGGGGGGUUGAGCUGAGCAAAAGCCUGGGCUUUAAAGUUGUUUGCGUUUCGUUAAGUAAUUGAGCGACUAAGACGCGCCGAACGUGACUCGCAGCGCACUGACGUGGCGACAUACUUAGUCCAUCGCUUCUCUUGCGUUUCGUUAAGUAAUUGAGCGACUAAGACGCGCCGGACGUGACUCGCAGCGCACUGACGUGGCGACGUACUUAGUCCAUCGCUUCUCUUUCAAGUCCAUCCAUGGCGUUGCUGCCCCCCUCCCUUCCCCCCUGUUGCGCAAGCGCGUCGAAGCAUAUGAGUGCAUGACUCGCCCGCGAGUACUAACAACGCUCAUGAGGUACGCGCCGCAGUCAAAUAAAAGCACACACUUUCGCAGCUGUGAAAAUCUGCAACAUGCAACGCAUUGCCAUCUUGUUCGCCGCCACUGCUCCACACCGCGUUCGAUAGUUCUGUCGUUUCUCAUUGAUUUGGAGCGCAGUUUGUCGCGUGAAUCUGUCGCCGUUCCCUUGAUUGUUCGCUUAAUUAUCCUCAAAUGAUGCCCGUUCGGCCUUAUUUGAUUGUGUUAGAAUUGUAUGAUUGCGACGCAUAUAUUUGCGUCCUUCGCUACUGGUUAACGCUCCGAUUUAUGUUUGGUUCGCCUGUUCAUUCCUAUCGUUCCGUUUCCACCUAAAGUUCUGCAUAUAUCAUCAUCAUCAUCAUCAUGAUAGAUACGCGAGGCGAACAAGAUGUUGCUAGAUGCGUUGUUUCUGCUCUUGACAGUCGCAGUUGCCAACCAAGUAGAAGGCGAGCAGUUGGCGUCUAAUGCAGUGUGUCAGGUGGGAGAUCAUGUGGGUGGACAAGUCCCCGGUGGGAGAUCAAGUGAUGUCCUCGACGCUGUGAUCAUGUCCUCGACUUUCGCUCGGCUCGAACGGACGACAGAGGACGAUCGCCAACUAAACGGAAAUGGCCAUCACGAUGAGGACUUCGAGCACCUACUUGAAAAGCAAUGGGCCCUACUCUGUUCCUUCAAACCCGAAGAGUGCGACCCAGAAUUGGAUAGAUUGCGUACGAUGGGAAGACACACAGUGCAGUACACACCGAUGCGUGGCAGUAAGCGAAUUCUCGGAAAGCCACAGCUACACGUCUUUUCCGAUGUGCAGCCAUGGAAUUUCCUUAAGAUCAAAAAUUUCGAUGCAGAAAGGCUGCUUGAGGUGGAGAAUAUUUCGGAAUUGUGGAGAAGAUUUGCGAGGACUUGUAUAGGAGAUGACACAGUAGAGAAGGAGACGAGCCAGGAGUGGUCCACAGAUUCUACAGUAUCGCCACUUCUGUUAAAAACUAACACAGAAGAAGAUCAUGUUGAUGAUGAUGCCUCUACUACAAAAGGUUAUUCUUCUCGCCUUUUAAUUCUCCGCAACUUGCAUCCAGUUUCAGAACUACACACAAUCCUUGUCCCGGAUAUCGAUCUGCUUAAGCCACAGUAUCUUGACCUGGACGGUCUCGUUGCUGCGAUUGCGGUAGCUCUUGUGUCGAGGACUCAACGCUGGUACUUCAACUCUCUGGGUGCCGGUGCUAGUGUAAAUCACUUACACUUUCAAGGGUGGCGUCCACCGAAGGGAUCAGUUUCCUUAGAUGAGGCACCAAGGCGUGUGGUGAAGAUCGUAAAAGAAAAGCCGAACAACGAGCUGAAUGAGCAGCCUGAAGAGGACGCAGGGGUUGAUGUCACUGUGUCAGUGAUUGAAAAGUGGCCACUGCGAUCGAUUGUGUUAUGAGAAGGUCCCACUACUUGUUUUACUUUUACAGUGAAGAAGUGUUGAAACAACUCUGCUAAUAAAGCAAUAAGCUAAUUUUCAUGUCUAAUCUUCGAGUUCAGUGUAGCGCUAUUGUCGCCAAGAAGUUGGAAGAUCCCAGCAGCGACCUCCCGCCAGGAGCAGCAGGUUUAUCGGUAUGACGCUUUGUCGCAGACUCUGGCAGCAGUCGCGAUGCGUCACAUCAGCAAGUUACAAGCCGAGAACAUUCCCCACAACGUUUUCAUCUAUCGAUGGCCGUCGCGUACUGGAAGUGGAAUGACGCUUCGAAAGCAAUGCUCUUCCGAUUUCUCUAGGAACGAUAAAAAUAAUGCAACUAUGUGUAAGGUAUUUGAAGAUCCAGGCCAUGCUCGUCCUGGUCCUCACCAAGGACUACGUCACAGCGACACGGACCCAAAACCAGUAUCUUCGACGGAAGAGUUGCGUGUCAUGGUAAUCGCUCGUACUUUCGACAAUACACAGACGGAGAGACCUUUUGAUACACAGGUUGCAAGUUUAGAGGUUUUAGGUUGGUGGAUUCUUCCUGGUCGACAGAAAUUUGAGUCCUACUCAGCAGAGGAUUUGGAUCGACUGCUUUCAGAAUCCUCUAUUGAAGAAAUGAAGAACAAAUUAUUGCUCAAUUUUUGAGUUCUUUGCCAUGAUGACGAUGAUCUUCAGGAAUUUGUUAUUGAUAUAUUCAUAUGUUGUCCUCAAUCAAUCGCAGUGGUCUAAUCCUUGUUACAUCGUUGUUAAUACAGAUGUAGUUGUGCCUUGUCCUGGACCUGCUGGUGCUGAAGGCUCGUAUUAACACUCCUCGCAAACUCACAUAUAAGUGGAAAGUGACUCCAGGAGCACGACUGAGUUUUAGCGGCCGUGAGUUUCCUCAUUCUCUCA